AUGGGCAAAACGUUUCCCGGAACUGAACCGAUAACCGGAACCGAAAUUUUAUCUGGAACGAAAACCGGAACUGAACCGAAAUAUAUUUUGUUAGUCGAACCAAAACCGAAAACCGGAACGAAAAAAAUUACGAGAAAGUUCAACCUCAAAGAAGUAGUCUACUUUCUACAAGCCGAGUUAGGGCUUAGGCUGAAGCAACAUGAAUUAUUACAUGCAGAUAGUCUGGUAGAUAUUGUUUCAAGGAGCAAAUCUCAUACUGACUUGUAUGUGGGUUCAUCGUUAGCUGAGAUCAAAAAAGAAGUUAACAAGACAAAAGUGUUGUACGGUCUGUUGAAGGAGCCCGAAUUCAAUAUACCUCUCGACGACGAUGAUGAGGAAGAUGAGUCAUUCAACAAUGCUUCAUUCAAUCACAAUGAGGAUCUAAAACCGCCUAAGAAAAAAAAAUUGAAGAGGGACAUGUUGCUGACAAAAAAGCCAAAGAAUGAUCCAAACUCACCCCCACAGAAUAGGAUUCCACUUCCUGAAUUGAGAGAUAUUGACAAGAGUGAGCGUAUCCGAGCUAUGAGGGAGUUGGCCCGUAAGGUGCCACUGGGACCCGACAGCAUGCCCACCAUCUGCUUCUUUACAUUUAUCAAUCCUUCACAGAGUGUGACAAGUUUGGAGAUAAGUGAAGAUUCAUCGCUCAUAUCAGCUGGCUUCGCUGACUCAACUAUUCGUGUCUGGUCCGUAAACAGCAACAACAAACUGUACAGUUUGAAGCAUCCAGACGAAUUGGAGUUGUUAGACAAAGAAUCAGAUGAUAUCAUGGAACGAGCGAUGGAUGAAAAAUCAGGUAAAGAUUGCAGAUUAUUGUGUGGACAUUCUGGGCCUGUUUACUCAGCUUCAUUUUCACCUGACCGCACUCAAAUCAUUUCCGGCUCCGAAGAUGGAUCAGGCGUAAUGAUUAUAAAAAUAUUGAAUUUGGAUGAUUCAGUUCGUCUGUGGAGCAUGUUGACCUGGUCAAAUCUCGUCUGCUUCCGAGGACACAUGUACCCAGUCUGGGACGCCAAGUUCAGUCCACUUGGCCAGUACUUUGCAUCCUGUGGUCAGGACAAAACAGCCCGUGUCUGGUCCACUGAUCACUAUCAACCACUUCGACUUUUUGUUGGACAUCAAUCUGAUGUUACGUCGGUUGAAUUUCAUCCGAAUUGCAACUACGUGGCCACUGGAUCAGCCGAUCGGACGGUUCGGUUGUGGGACAUGCUCAAUGGAUCAUGUGUUCGAAUUAUGACUGGCCAUCAGGCCACUAUCGACGUCUUAAAGUUCUCCUCGUGCGGUCGGUAUUUGGCAUCUGCUGGUCGCGACAACAAGAUUUUCAUUUGGGAUUUAUCAAACGGGGAGUCGGCUUUGAACAUGCUUGGUCACAACAGGGCCGUCAAGUGCGUCUCGUUCAGCAGGGACAGCACUGUGCUGGCUUCCGGUGGAAUGGAUGGAAUGGUUAAGAUAUGGGACAUCAAUAAAAUCAAUUCCUCUAGUUCAGAUUACAAUAAUAGUGCUAACAAAAAUCAGACAAAAUCGGCAGAACUUGGAUCAUUCAGAACCAAAUCAAGUCUAGUGUUAAAUGUGCACUUCACAAGAAAGAACUUGUUGCUGGCAGCUGGUCCAUGCGUACACAGUGACAAAUCAAGGCAGCUCUGAUGAUGGCGUGAUGACUCUGAAGAUUUCGUGACAGAUGGCAGUUUGGUAGAUGGUGGUAGGUUGCUGGGUACCAAGAGCGACGAGUUCGUUCGUUCGCUUGUGCAAAACAUUCAUUUAAGUGACGAAGAAUGAUAACAUUCACCAUUCUGUGAAAUCUGAUGGUACGAGCCAAUAUCUAUUUUCUUUAUCUGACGGAAAAGACUAUAGCUAAUUUUUUGCACUAUUUGUUUUUAAUUUUAAUAAA